AUGUUGGAGGUCGAGGCUCUGCUGGUGAACUGGUCUGGUCCGGAUCUGUCUGGUUUCGGGGAGUUGGUUCUGGAAGGUUCUUUCCGCGUCCACCGGGUGAAGAAGGAGCGAGCGUUUUUCCUCUUCGACCGAAUGCUCCUCAUCGCCAAGAAACGCCUCGACCACUUCGUCUACAGCACGCACAUCUUUUGCUGUAACCUUCUGCUGGUGGAGACUCUGAAGGAUCCUCUGUGCUUCAAGAUCUCAGACCAGAGCAUCCCCAAACAGCAGCACAUCGUACAGACCAAGAACCAGGAGGAGAAAAGACUGUGGGUCCACUACCUCAAGAGACUCAUCAUAGAAAACCACCCAGCGUCACUGCCCCAGAAGGCCCGACAGGUUCUGGGAGACAACUUCUGCCAAACUCCUCAGUUCCAGCAGGAGGCGCUGAAGUCCUGCUCCUCUCCCAGACUGGAGGAUCUGCACAACUUCCACAGAGGAAGGAGACAGUCCGAGCCACAGGAGGCGCUGUCCUUCACCCCCGAGAAGAGCAGGAAGAGUCUUCCUCUGCUGCUGGACGGAAACCUCCCGCUACGACGCAGCCGCCGCCAGUCAGCUCCUGCCAAAGACAUCGAGGCGGCGUUUCAUCACCGUGAGUCUCCACGACGACCACAAACAUAACACACUACUGUUUCACAUGUGCUCAUACACACACAUGUGAAUGUGCUCAUACAUACACACACAUGUGAAUGUGCUCAUAUACAAACACACACAUGUGAAUGUGCUCAUAUACAAACACACACAUGUGAAUGUGCUC